GCUGUAGCUUGUGGACUGUGUGCAUGCAGCCGUGUGUGUGCACGUGCAGAGUUCCCAUCCAAGACUCCUCAGCCCGGGUUUGCCGGGCGGACGCUGGGGAGGCGCAGGGCAGCCAGGGGGACGGUGCUGGGACAUGCAGUGAAGGAGUCUUAGGGGCAGGAUUCCUGGUCCCGGACUCUGGGAUCUCCGGGAUGGAGCGUGGGGAUGAGCCGUGUGUCCGGGAUCUCCAGGGUGCUGAGGAAAGGGAGCCCCUGGCCAUCACUUGCACAGCAUGUGCAGGAGCGGAGGAGAAUCCCCAGCAGGAAGAGUGUGUGGGAGCGGACCCACAUGGGAUGCCUCAGAGCCCCGAGCAGAGAGAUGCUGGCCAGCCAGGAUGGCAGCAGGGAGACCCCGUGGAGGAGAGACCUGAUGAGCGUGAAGCGUAUGGGAUCCCUGAAAACGUCAUUCUGGAAACCACCUACAUGGGAGAGAGACCCUAUAAAUGCCUUGUCUGUGGGAAAUCCUUCUGCCAGAGCUCCCACCUUGUCCAGCAUCAGCGGAUCCACACGGGGGAGCGACCCUACAACUGCCCCGACUGCGGGAAGAGCUUCAGCCAGAGCUCCCACCUUGCCCAGCACCAGCGCAUCCACACCGGGGAGCGGCCCUACCAGUGCGUUGAAUGCGGGAAGAGCUUCAACCGCAGCCACACGCUGGCCAAGCAUGUCCGCACCCACAUGGGCUCGCAGCCCUACAUCUGCCCUGAGUGCGGGAAGAGCUUCAGCCUCAGCUCCUUCCCUCAGCACCUGCGAUCCCACUUGCCAGGGAAGCUCUACACCUGCUCCGAUUGUGGGAAGGGCUUCAGCAGCAGCUCCAACCUGGCCCAGCACCAGCGCACCCACACGGGCGAGCGGCCAUACAAAUGCUCGGACUGCGGGAAAGGCUUCAGCCAGAGCUCCAACCUGGUGAAGCACCAGCGCACCCACACGGGGGAGAAGCCCUACAAGUGCACCGAGUGCGGGAAGUGCUUCACCCAGAGCUCCACCCUCAUACAGCACAGGCGGAUCCAUCGGGGUGAGCGCCCCUACAAGUGUCCCGAGUGUGGGAAGAGCUUCGGCCUCAACUCGUCGCUGGGGAAGCACCUGCGCAUCCACACCGGGGAGAGGCCCUACAAGUGCACGGAGUGUGGGAAGAGCUUCAACCUGAGCGCCAACCUCAUCCAGCACCAGAGGAUCCAUCGUGGAGAGCGGCCCUACAAAUGUCCUGAGUGUGGGAAGUGCUUCAAUCUGAAGUCAACCCUGGUCAAACACCUGCGCACUCACACAGGAGAGAGACCCUAUAAAUGCACCCAGUGUGGGAGGAGUUUCAUCGACAGCUCCAAGCUCAGCAAACAUGCCAGGAUCCAUGUGGCAGAAAAGUCUCCCCAGGAAAUGCAUAGUUUCCCGCUCCUGCUUACUCCUGGAAUGCAUGGGCUACUUGAACAGCUGGAAGAUCAGAAGAACUCCCAGGUAGACAAAGUGUCUGUGACUCUAAUUAGGCAGCACUCACACACGCAGUGCACGGGCACUGUCUGAGGUGAAGUGUGACCAACCAGAUGUGGCGAAGUCAUCUCUAGUUGCAGGCCAUGAGGAGCAGGUCCUUAAAAGGGGAAGGGACCAUUUGUUCAGGAGUGUACUCACAAGCUUCUACCUCCAAUGAAGACCCUUCUUUCUCCUGGACUGCCUGGCCAGUGGUUUGCCAUGUUGCAUUCCAACAUGCCUUGAGAAGACUCACCUUCAUUGCACAUCCAUUGCUGCACUGUGGGACACUUACCUUGAAGGAUCCUGACAUCUCCAGUGCCGUGCCUGUCCUGGGACGUGAGUAUGCAAGUGUGAGUGUGACCCCCUCACCUUCUUUUGAGCUUAGCUAUCAGUACAAUAAACGUGCUGCUUUCUGCCAAACUCUGGUGGGUCAUUAGUCCUCCCUAAGUUUACUAGCUGGCCCAAUUUCGGGUAACAAUUACAAUUAGAUGUUCUGAGCAUCUGGAGAGGGCUGAGGAAUGAUGUCACCUUCAGAACAUCUGGAGCAGCUGGGGAGUGUUGCAUGGGCUGAACGUCUGGAACUGCUUAAUCCGGUGAGCCCCAUAGAGUCACUCUGGGCUGUGGCAAGCUGAGGGUUCCUGUUCAUCACACAUGUCAUCUAGACUCUUAUCAGACCAUGUGGGAUGACUGUGGAGUGGAACCUAUGCCAAAUUUAUCACUGUAUAAACAGGAAAACUUCAAGGAGGAGUAAAGAGGUUAUUUUGCACCUAUAUUUGAGCACUGCUGUGGCCUCUGCUGGAAUCCUGUGUCUUGUUCUGGUGCCCAAAAUUCAAGAAGGAUAUUGAUCAAUUGCAGAGCAGACAGAAAAAAGCCACAAGAAUUUUGAAAUGAUACUCAAGAAGAUCAAUCUAUUCAGUUUAACAAAGAGAAGGUUCAGGGGUGAAUUGAUCCCAGUCUAUAAGUAUCCAAAUGGGGAAGAAAUAUUUAAUAAUGGGCUCCUCAAUCUAGCAGACAAAGGUAUAACGUGAUCCAAUGGCUGGAAGUUGAAUCUAGAAAAAUUCAGACUGGAAAUGAAACACACGUUUUUAACAUGGAGAGAAGAGGAAUUACCCAGUAGACCAACUUAACAAGGGUCAUACUGGAUUCUUUAUCAAUGACCAUUUUAAAGUCAGAAUUGGACACUUUUCUAAACGCUCUGCGCUAGUAAUUAUUUCAAGGAAGUUCUAUGGCCUGUGUUACACAUGAGGUCAGACUGGAUGAUCACAAUGAUCUCUUCUGGCCUUGGAAUCUACGGAUCUAUGAACAAAACCACGUCUCUGCAGAAUGGCUCCAGCAUCUAUCACCACCAUUCCCCAGCUCUCCAGUAGGGCUCUGCUGUCUCUCGCCAUGCCCUGGCUCUCCUGCACAGCUCCAGCAUCUCUUGCCAUGCCCUGGCUCUUCAGUACAGCUCCAGCACCCUCCUAGCUGGGGUCCUUCUCCACCUUGUUUCAUUCCCAGGUAUGUUUCCAUCUGGAGACAUCAGCAAGUUCAACCCUCCAUCCUUCCCCAGAGCCUUCUGAGUUCACCUGUCCUGAGCCUCCUGCUGCUGCUCUCAGCCUUCAUCCCUCUCUGGCCAUGGAUGUCCGGCAUAGGGGAGUUUGGAGGUGACUCCCCUGAAGGCCCUCUGCUUUCUCCAGCCUGAUUUGGCUCCACUGCUCACCAGGGAACUCUCACCUCUCCCUCUUUCCAGACAUCCCCUCCCUGAGGCUCCUAGCCCAGCCGUGCUCUGCUCCGCUCCUGAGCUCUGCAUUCAUGACUCUACCUCCCUCUCUGGAUUGUCGCUUGCUUUUGGGCUCUCAGUUAUAGCUCCCAGGCCAGCCCCACGCUUCUCAUUACACCAAAGGAGGUGCACCUGGACUGGAACAGGAUUUAAAGGUCCAGCUACUUUGCUACACAGCCCAUUUAAAAUGGACUAUUGGGGACUGAAGGUUCCAUGGCAAUUGACUGGAAUGUUGGGAUCUGAAGAUUCCAUGUCAGUUGGGAUCUGGAGGUACCAUGACAAUUGGGAAGAAUGUUGGGGUCUGUGGAUUCUGUGUCAGUUGGGUUGAAUGCUGGGGCCUGGAGGUUCUGUGGCAGUCAUGGGAGGGGGGAUAUUGGGAUCUGGAGGUUCUGUAGCAGUUGUGGGAGGGGGAUAUUGGGAUCUGGAGGUUCUGUGGCAGUUGUGGGAGGGGGAUAUUGGGAUCUGGAGGUUCUGUGGCAGUCAUGGGAGGGGGAUAUUGGGAUCCGGAGGUUCUGUGGCAGUUGUGGGAGGGGGAUAUUGGGAUCUGGAGGUUCUGUGGCAGUCGUGGGAGGGGGAUAUUGGGAUCCGGAGGUUCUGUGGCAGUUGUGGGAGGGAGAUAUUGGGAUCCGGAGGUUCUGUGGCAGUUGUGGGAGGGAGAUAUUGGGAUCUGGAGGUUCUGUGGCAGUGGGGUGGGGGUGCUGGGAUCUGGAGGUUCCGUGGCAAGUGAGUGGAAUGUUGGGCUCUGGAGGUUCCAUGGCAGUUGGGUAUGAGGACACAUUUUCAACCUCAUAACUAUAUACAUGAAAUUACAACCUAUAACAUUACUAUAACAAUUAUUAUUAUAACAUUACCAUAGCAAGAAUGCUCAUUACAUCACGAGCCUUCCAAAGACACCUGACAUGAUAAACUUUGCAUUGGAUACCAGACGGUCAUUUUAUAAAGAUGAACAUGGGGGUGUAGGGUGUUCCCACGAGGUACAGAACGUCACGGACACUGCAUCAGAACAAUUCCUCGAAAGGAUGGGGUGGACUCUCCAAACAAGUUUGGACUGGCUUCUCUCAAAGAUACAGUGGUCAAGAUUUUCAAAAGGGAUUAAUGAUUUGGGAGGGAAAUGAAGGCACUAAUAAAACCUCAUCUGGAAUACUGUGUCCAAUUCUGGUCACAUGGUCCAGAAAGAUUAAUUCAAACUGGGACAGGUCUAGGGAAGGCAGUUAGGAUGAUCAGAGGUUUAGUAGGAAGACAGCCUGAGAUAUAAGCCCUUGUAUUAGAGCUGCAUCCAUUGUCAUGGGCAUACAUGCCUUAGUAUCCUCGUAUAGUCUGCCAGGUGCUAUUAUCAUGCUUUGUCAACAAUAAACCUGGUCUUUGUACCUUAA